UGUGGUGUGUUUGCAACCAGCAGUGGACACAUCACCUCACUCUGGUCAGCACGGAGGACACAGAACAGGAACUUGGGAGUACGCUUGCGUUUUGCCUGCAGGAAAUGUAUGAGGGCCCACCUUAAAAAGAAAGGAAGAGCGUCAUUGUCAUCAGGAGAUGACUGGUCACUGCAGAUGAAGGGGCUUCUGGAACUGUGACAUCUCUUUGCUUGGUGGCCGGGGCAUCUUCUCACUGCAAUCCUGUGGACACAAUGAUAUUUUAUUGUUAGCGUUCUAAAUCUUCAGUGGAAUAUUUGUCGCAGAGACCGUCGUCCAUCAUCUAGGACCACGGAGCAGCAGGUCCUGUCUGGCCUUCAGCGUAUAAAAAGAAAGUCCCUGAAGAUGGUAGAGACUUAAAGGCAAAGUUGAACCAGUAUGGAGCCUAUUAGGAAAGACAUGGAGCUGCUGAGUAACAGCAUGGCGACGUACGCUCACAUCAAAGCCAACCCAGAGAGCUUCGCCCUCUACUUCAUGAUGGGCGUUUGUUUCGGCCUGCUCAUGGCGCUGUGCCUCUUGAUAGCCGGCAUCACCUGCAGGCCUUGCCGCCGCAGCAGGCCUCCUCCAUCACCCGAGAGGAGGCAGCUAAAGGAGUCCAGCGAGGAAGAAGAGGAAGAAGGAGAAGAGGAAGUGGGAGACGAAAGCCUAGCUGAGGAAGAGGAGUCAGAAAACCACAAACUGACCGUGAUACCCAUGGACGAGCGCAGCACUCAGUCUCACGGCACUCUGAAGAGCGUUGAUGUGUUCGCCUCAGCAGAGGAGCUGGAGAAGGCGCGGCGUCUGGAGGAGAGGGAGCGCAUUGUUAGGGAGAUAUGGAGGAACGGGCAGCCUGAUAUUCUGGUCACAGGGACUGGUACUAUUGGACGAGUCCAUUACCACUAGAAUCCUAAAACUUACGGCAAACAAAACACAGAACAUUGCAACACUUGAUUGAAAGAAUUGUCAUGUGUCUCUAUGGAGAACAUCCAAUUUGACAAUAAUUCCAUUAACAUGCCUGAGUCUACAGGCUUAAUGUGUGACUAAUUGCAUUGUGGGUAAUACAGUAUUUCACAUUUCUGGCCUAAAAAGUAAGAAUCUUCUUUUGUAGUAUUAAUACUUACAAUAAUGACAACGCUGUCCUCCGGUGAUUGGAAUAAUGAUAAAUUGACUAUAUUGAUUACAUUUUGGGGAUAAAGUUAGUAAAUGUCGUUCUGUGGAUGUUUUCAUGGUUAUAUUAACCCACAUCCCACUUUAAUGUUACAACUUGAUCAUGUUUGGUUGCAAAUAAAGCAAUAUGUUAUUCGUAACACCUAUUGACCUGCUUCCUUUUGCAUUGUCACUUCCGGGUUUCCAGAGCAAUUUCAAGGCUAAAUAAAGUGAUAUUUUGAUAUUUUUUCCGGCUUGUUUUAUAUGAAUUAAUUCAAGAACUAGAGUAGAAAUAGUUAAAUUGUAAUAUAUGGAACCCUAUCAAAGUAUUUGAAUUGCUAAAUUCCUUUUCCUUUUGCAUUGUCACUUCCGGGUUUCAGAGCAAUUUAAAGGCUAAAUAAAGCGAUAUUUUUUCGGCUUGUUUCAUAUGAAUUAAUUCAAGAACUAGAGUAGGAAUAGUUAAAUUGUAAUUUAUGGACCCUUAUCAAAGUAUUUGAAUUGCUAAAUUGAUUUAAAAUGGCUAUUAAGGACAAAAGGAAAGCUGUUGGACAUUUGCUAGCUUACCUGACACGCUGCUUUAGCUUGUGUUUGUCACAUGACUGUCACGUGACGUUUGACAACCACUCCUAACGGACUAUUUAAGAUAAUGGCUACACAAUGAACUUGUAAAUACAGAUAAUUUUAAAUACUGCAAAAAAUUAGUUGCCAAACCGAUUUUCAGUGUACCUGCCACAAUGACGAUAAUUUCCCAAUCAAUUUUAAGACAUUUGAUGGUUUAGUUUUUAGUUUAGUCAAAUAGUCCAUAUGCCUGCCUCAUACCGCCACCAAUGUGUUUAGUAUUCUGAAAGCGUAGUGCCUGCUUGCUAUGUUUUAAGAGGAGAUUGCUGUCACAGCACAGACAACACCUCAGCUUAACGAGCCAGGUUUGACUUGAUUAUGGUGUGUUCAUGGGCCAUUGUGUGGCUGGAAAUGUGCUUACUGCCCAGUCUGUUGGCUGCAGGAUGACUAGGAAUAUAAGAAUGCAUACCUCAGCAGAUAAGGAUACAUAUCUUGCAUUGGAUGGCAUUAUUUACCCCAAACACUCACACAACUCUGUAAGAAAUCAAAAGAAAAAAAAACAUUUAUUGAAAAUUAAAAGACAAACAUGAAAGCUCUUCCACAGUAUAAACGUCCUGUUUGCUAUUCAUCAGAAAAAAAAUCAGUUGUGUACAUGCAGAACGUACUCAAUGAUAAACUAACUCUUAAAACAUCCUGUUGAAAGAUCUUUUUUUUAAAGAAGUGUGGUUAAAUUGUAGAAUUACAGUAACAAAAAAAAAAACAAACCCCCACACUUGUAGCUUGUCCCCAACAUACUACAAUUUUUUUUUAGAGUUCAUGUGUAAUUAAAACUCCUAAUUAACAUAAAAGGCAUCCACUUAGCUAAAAUGAUCAUGUAAACCUAUAUUGCUACCCUAUAUCCAUGUGACUAAAGCAGAGCAAUUACCGUACUUUUUGGAGUGGAUCCUUUUUUUUUUAACUGAAAACACACAAACAUGUAUGUAGCCCAUAAGAAUCACAUGUGACGCUAAAAAUAAUACAAAUGAAUUUUGGAGGGCAGUGAUUGGUCCCUUGGGGAGAAGCAUUAAUCCAACAUGUCAUGCACCUUUUCAACAACAAGACAUCGUCACGGCUCCGAACACCAAUGAAGAGAGGAAAAUGAGCGAAAAAUAAAAAUAAAAGGGCUCCUUCAGCUGUUUUUUUUUUCCUUUAAAGGCACAAAUGUUUCUUUCCUCAUUGAAAGUUGCCUCAAUAUUUUUUUUUCCUCAGCAGCAUUCAUUCAUUCUUCUAAUAAUAUGUGACAUAAAAAGCCUUAGACACCAGAGAGAAUUCAACAACAUCAGAGAUGGAGGGGGGGGGGACAUUUUUACAAGUGUUGCCAUAGAGACACAUAGCAAUGGCUGUUUAGGAUUUCAGGCUGUCGUCUGCGUUCUUGCCGUCUUUAGGCUGCCCCUCGAUGUCGUCUCCCAGCUCCGCCGCCUUCUCUCCGCCCUGGAACAUGUCAUGGGCCCACUUGGGGCUGGUGCCUCCCUUGCGAUAGACGAAGCGUCCGCGGCGGGUCGGGAAGGACCCUCUGCCCCGCCCGCGGUUGUCCACCCAGUUUUUCUCCCCAUCUCUGUCAUCGUGCUGAAAUGAGACAAGACAAUCGGGUCUUGGUGCUCCUGCCAGUUUUAAGACCACAACAUAGUUCUAGGCCUAGUGUGAGUACACCAUUAAUCCAAUAAUCUUAUGUUAGCAUUAGCUUCAAUCUUGUAAUGAUCCUUUUCAUAAACAGUCAUGGCUUUUUUAGCAGCUGUAAAAUAUUUACAGUCCAAAGAUUUUCGGUAUGUGUUUUAAUGAGCAGUCAUUUACAUCAAUAAACAGUAAAACAAACAGAUGUUUAAUCCGGGCCCCGUUCCAUUUAGUUUUAAAGAGGCAACUUCCUCCGAAAACGCUUUUAAGCUACUGAUCUGGACAAGGCUGGCCACACUAUGUGUUUAUGUUCAUUAAACAACCACAAAUAAAUAGUGUUUUUGAGUACAAAACAUAAUUAGUAUAAUGACAACAACAAAGUUAAAAGUUAUUCAGUGACACUUGAAAACGUUAGUACGCACCCCAUGGCAUCCUUCGGUAAGACUCACCAAGUAGUACUUCCUGCUCUUGGGUGUGUACUCGGGAUCCCAUUCCUCCUCCGGAGGGCGCCCCUGAGGGUUCAUGUUGACAGGGUUGCCAUUGCUGUUGUUGCCGGGAUAAUUGCCCCUGUUCCAUCCCCGUCCUCUCACUCUGGGGAACUGAAAUCAAAAGAGCAGGUUGGUUGUUUUGGUUCCCACUCUAC